AUGGGUGGCGCUGUGGACCCUAAGAACGGACACUUCAUCGGCAACUGGGGCGAGUUCGGCUGCCCGACCCCCCAGCGCGUUGCAACCUACUCGCUGUCCCCUAACCGUCAGCGUCCCUUCGCCGGUGCCGGCCACGCUGCCGUCUUCAACGUCUUCCGUCGUUUCCGUCACCAGGUUCUCUACGUUGUGCCCCCCUUCGUCGUCGCAUACGCCACCAUGAACUGGGCGAUUGAGCGGUAA